GCGGCCCAGCCAUGGCGGCCUACAGGAGCGGGGUGCUCAUCGGCAACUGGGACGAGGAUGGGCGUCUGGAGGCGGACCACCUGAGGGAUUUCCUGCAUAAAAGAGAGCGAGGAGAACUUCUAAUGCAGAAAAUGCACAGACUUCAAGAUAAUCUUUUAAAGAAGAGCCAGCUGUCGGUAUCCAAGGAUGGAUUUAUUCAUUUUGGAGACACUGUGAUGCUCUUGAACAAGAAAUACUCAGUGGAGGAUAACUCCAGAGCGUGUGGCAACCUGACUCUGGCAGUUAAUCUGGAUGAAUUAGCCCUGUAUUCCACCAGGCCACUGACAGUCCCUCGUGGAAUUAGUGCAGUCGAGAGCGUGAGCCCUGUGGGUCGAAACACCUUCUGCAUUUUAAGUGUUGAUGGAAGUGCAGAGGGUGAACCAAUUAGAUUUGGGCAAAACUUCCGUCUUGGAACAACAGGAGGGUUUUCUGACCAAAUGUUAUAUCUAGCAAGUGAACAUAAAUCCUUUGGAAGAUUUUCUAAAAAAUCUCACCUUCAGCAAGUAUUUCUGACAGAUAAGCUUUCCUAUUUGACUUGCUGGCGAGCUGCCUUCUUGGAUCCACAGCUGCGUCUUGAACGUGAAGGAUUUCCAGUUCCUGAAAACUCUGAAAUUCUUAUUACUCAUUGCCAUACUAAUCGGAGCUUGGCUGUUCCAAGGAACUUUUGGACAUGGUCUUGUUUAGGAAAAGAACAUGAAGUAGUUUGUCACACUUACCUGGACUCCCAUAGAGCUGAAGAAGAUAAGAACUACUGGGUAAUAGUUACAGGAAAUCCCAGUGAUGAAAACAGUACAAUGUUUGAUAGACCCAACCCUCAACCAGGCUGGACCAGAAAGGACGAGUUUCAGAAAGAGAAAUAGAAUAUGAAAAUCCCAGACUACAGCAAACAGAGGUUGAUGAGAUUCAGAUUCUUGUUUUUCUGGUCAGAUUUAGUUUUAGAGAUGUGUGCUUUAAAAAUGGAAAUGAAAGUCCACCAUUAGUAAUAUUGUACAAUUUCAUUAACUCAUCAAAGUUAUACAGUGGGCAAAAACUAAUUAAAUUUUAUAAACCAUGCAUAACAUCAAAAAAAUAAUGAAUCAGGAAGAGCUCAUUUUCCCAUUUUUGCAUUCACUGAUGGCAAAAGAUGUCAGAAUCCAGAAAAUCUAAAUAUGUUUUCACUACCUUAUUGAUUGGCCUUCGCAGUGGAUUUAACCAGUUCUUCCAAAACCAAACUGGUGUCACAUGUUUUGAAAGGAUGAGCAUGAGUUUCCUAAACACUGAAAACCAAACUCAGGCAAGCUGUCAUAGGAUACUUUGACAUUAAAGUUCAUCUAUAUCAAAGUUGUUUGUUGAGCUUGUUGCACAUUCUGUCUAGCACAAUGUUGCCAAUUAUUAAAAAAAAAUCAAAAGUGAGGUCUCUUGAGAUUGGCUUCAGAUUUACAGGAAUUAAAAAGGUAUAAUUUGAGGUUUUUUAUCUUUUUUUGCUGUAUUCUAAACAUUUAAAUGCCAAGCAAUCAAGAACAUGAGCACAUCAAUACAGACACAUGUUCCAUUUGCCUCCCACCUCAGAAUGUUUCAAUGCAUGAUCAUUUCUACCAAGUUUGACAGCAAGGUAAAAUUAUCAACUGAAUUUCUGAGGAAAAUACUACAUAAAUCUCCAUUCUCAAAAAGGAUUCCAAAGAUCCUCAAUGUUCAUAAGAAUCAAAUUUAUUUAAAUAAAUAAACCGAAAUGACUAAACUCUACAGAAGAAGGAACCAAUCCAAACACGUUAUGUCUUCAAGCUCUAUUCCACAUAGACUAUCUGUUUCAAACCCACUGGCAGGGCUUGAAAAGUUCUUGCCUUUAGUCAGUAUAAAUGAAAUCAGCAGACUGCAGAGCAGGCUAACUAGCACUUCACAUACAGGGUCUCAGAGCAGGAGAGAGAUGACUGUUCUGUGACAUGCAGUUUUGCUUUGGGGCAGUCUAUCAGAGGACAGUUUUUGAAUCACAGUUCCCAUGUGCAAACCUUUACAGGUCUGUCAUAGAUGGAGUAUUAUAGAGGAAAUCAGGAACAUUUUCUUUCACUUUCUAUGAAAAGGUAGGAACUUGUAGCAAAUGAUGGAUGUUUUCAUAGAGGCACUGGUAUUACUCCAACUUAUGGAGGUUAGAAUUCUGCACAUUUUCACAACAGAUUGACAUAAUUCUGCUUUGAUUUUGUAGGUAUUAAACUAGAAAAACUUAGGUUGAGUGAGUGCACUGCAGUGUUUCUGAUUCGGCUACUGUGGGCCUUUAUUGGUAUUAAGGAUAGCUAUUUCAAAUCUGGCAAAGUCUCUUUCCUCUUGGUUAAAUGUAAGAAACAAGAAGAGGCCUUAAACCAAAACCAUUGCUGAAACAAAGCUUCGUGUGAACUCAUGCAGGAAUGAGAACAGUGUGGGCAGAGUGCCUUGGCUGGCUGAUGUCAGGGAUAGGAGUGUUUGUCUGAGUUUGUGUGCAGUUGUGUGGGAGAGAAGCAAUGCAGGCUGUAUGAAAACAAGCUUUGCAAACUCUUAAAGGCAAACCAAAGAGAUAAACAGAUACAGAAAUGAGUACAGGAGUAAGUGAUGUUGGAAUGAAGUGCUAAUUGAUAGUGGCUUCAAGACCCAUAUCUGUUUUGAGGAAAGGACUUCCUGAACUGUUGGAAAAUAAACAGGAUUGAAUCACCAUGCCUGAUUCCAUUUUCAGUUUUUCCUCUUACCUUACACAAUUUUAAAACCACAGAUUUGUGCAUAGCUUCUUAUAUAAUACAUAUUUAUAAUCCCUCUCAUUUGUGAUACUGAAUACAGACAUCUAUCUGUUGACUAGUUUUUCUUUUAAAACCUGUUUUUUACACUUCCUAAUAUUGCCCACAUGAUGGCACCACAUUUUCCGAAAUAGCACAAUUAUUGCUACAUGUGUAAAACGACCUGAAAUGUUUAAAGCCAAGUGAGUUCCUGAUACAAUGCCACAAAAGCUAAGUUAAAUCGGGCUUGAAUUCUGGGCUAGAUGUCAUUAAUGUUCUAUAUUUUAUUUUCGAAAAUGAAAUUAAGCAACAAAGGUAGACAGAAGAACGUAGAACACUGUGUAUUGCAUACAAUCAAGUUCUCAUAGCUAAUUGAAAUGAAAUUUGUAACUAAAGCAUAUUAGAGGAAAUGAUCUUUAGGAGCUUUUUCACUUUCUAUGUAAAGAUAUGAAACCUGACAUAUGGCAAAUGAUGGCUGCUUUUACAGGGACACUGUUAUUACUCCCUCCGAAUUACAGAGAUUAAAAUUCUGCAUGUUUUCACAA